AUGUGUCCACCGGGCACCUUCGUUGUGCGAAAUAGUGGCAGUUUUGCUCGCUCAUUUGGACUCGCUAUCAAAGUCGACCGUUUACCGGACUCUCUGGCUUUGCACCAACGCUCCAGCCAAUCAGACACGGAUAACGAAUUUGUACGGCACUAUCUGAUCGAGAGUCUCCCCGCCCGAGCUAUAGCGCAUUCUGUUGGAGUCUCCAGUCAUCUGAUUGCAUCAUCUUUCUCGCUCCAUGCCGCCGGACCUCAUACAACUCCCGAUCCAUCCGGACCACUUGGAGAAGUGCUGCUCGGCACACCUGUCCGGCUUCGCGGACCAGCACCCGAGGCAACAUUCACCAAUCUGGUCAGCUUCAUAUAUGAACACUUGGCUGGUGUGCGUAGUUCGGCAGGAGAUGACGAGUUUUCGCUGCCUUAUCGGUUGCUGGCGCCAUUCGAACUUGGGCUGUAUGGACCAGGAGGGGCUUCCAGCCAACUGAUUUCACUCAUCUCCUUGGCAUGUCUUCGUGGUUCUUCGGGUCAGAUGUCAGGCGGAAUGGCAAAAAGUCUGAGUCCUGGUCGGCCGGGCUUGUCCAACCACGCCGGCCAUCAUCUGCACCGCCAACCCUCCGAUCCUUCCGCCUACCGCUCGCACCAGUACUCCACACAUCAACACUCAUAUCCUCCAGGCCAUGCCCAGUCCGGCGGUUCUGGACGCCCGCCGAGCGCUGUCCAACCGUCCGUCCACUCGCGUGCCUCGACCGGCGGUCACUCUCGUCCAUCCGGUCAGUCCGGCCCGACCGGCUCCAGUCCCGGGCAUUCGACCAACGCAUCCGGCGGCUAUCCGGCCGCCUCGGACACGAUCCUUCCUCCCGGGUCGGGCUCCUUCUAUCACACUCGACUCGGCCCGUCGGAACUCGCUUGCAUUCAGCCGGGUAGUCUGACACCCGGCGGCCCUCGGGCCAGAGGCCAGCCGGGACUCGGUUCUAGACCGCUCGGCGGUCUCGGUAGUCCGAGCCAGCCAACUCCGGCCUCUAUUCUUUUUCCACUUUUCCGCAUCGAAUACCACUCGCUAUACCUUCAAUUCUGCCAUUCAGCCAUGAUUGCAAUUUAUCUAGGCAGUAUUGACUCGGAGAAUCUGACGGGCACAUCUGCUGUAUCGAAGGCGGUGGACGUGCUCUUGGAGAAUGCCGCACAGGUGAAGCAAACGGAGGUCUCUCUUAAGGUUACUGGUGAAGGUCUUGUAGUCACAGACACUUGGCGGAAGCUGUUCUUCCGACGUCACUAUCCUGGACAUACAAUCUCUUAUUGCGGAGUCGACCCUCAUCAGCGAUGGUAA